ACGUGCUACGGCAUGACGUGCUCACCCCUAGCGACCCCGGAAGUGGGUCGGGGGCUUGGCCUCUCCCCGGCUUCUGAGCCGGAGCGGGAGGUGCUAACCGGAGGGGUCCUGCCGAUCGUGCCGGUCGGUCAUCGGGCCCCCGGGCGAGGCCCGGAUCAGAGGUCCAGGAUGCUAAACGUCCCUUCUCAGUCUUUCCCGGCCCCCAGUUCUCAGCAGCGCGUCGUCUCCGGGGGGCGUAGCAAGGUACCUUUAAAACAAGGCAGAAGUCUUAUGGAUUGGAUUCGACUGACCAAAAGUGGAAAAGACCUAACAGGAUUAAAAGGCAGGCUAAUUGAAGUAACUGAAGAAGAACUUAAGAAACACAAUAAAAAAGAUGACUGUUGGAUAUGUAUAAGAGGAUAUGUUUAUAAUGUCAGCCCAUAUAUGGAAUAUCAUCCUGGUGGAGAAGAUGAACUAAUGAGAGCAGCAGGAUCAGAUGGUACUGACCUUUUUGAUCAGGUUCACCGUUGGGUCAAUUACGAAUCCAUGCUGAAAGAAUGCCUGAUUGGCAGAAUGGCAGUUAAACUUGCAGUUCCAAAAGACUAUCGUGAGGAAAAGAGAGUCUUAAAUGGUAUGCUUGCCAAGACCCAGGUGUCAGGUACACUUGCCAAGGAAGGUCCUAAUUCUCCAAGCUAUGACUGGUUCCAAACAGACUGUUUCAUCACCAUUGUCAUAUAUACUAAACAGAAGGAUAUCAGUUUAGAUUCAAUAAUAGUUGAUCAUCAAGGUGACUCCUUUAGAGCAGAAACAAUUAUCAAGGAUUAUUCAUAUUUUAUACAUAUUGAGCUAAGCCACGAGGUUGAGGAAGAUUUUUCUGUGAGAGUUGUUGAGAAUGUGGGAAAAAUAGAGAUUGUCCUUAAAAAAAAGGAAAAUACUUCUUGGAAAUGUCUUGGACAUCCCCUGGAGAAGCAUAAUUUACUUAUUCUAAAGAAAGACACAGGUUUGUACUAUAGAAAGUGCCAGUUAGUUUCCAAGGAAGCUGUCACUCACGAUACAAAGCUUUUCUGUUUGAUGCUGCCAGCAGGCACUCAUCUGCAGGUGCCAGUCGGGCACCAUGUUUACCUCAAGGUAACUAUCACAGGAGAUUUUGUUUUUGUAAGCGGUCCUGAGGGCAAUUUUAAAAAAUCCAGACUCCAGGAAAUAGAAGAUCUCUUUUUAGUGGCAGCUGGAACAGGCUUCACACCAAUGGUUAAAAUACUGAAUUAUGCUUUGAGUAACAUACCCAGUCUCAGGACGUUGAAGUUGAUGUUCUUCAAUAAAACAGAGGAUGAUAUAAUUUGGAGAGGCCAAUUGGAAAAAUUAGCAUUUAAGGAUAAAAGGUUUGAUGUGGAGUAUGUUCUCUCAGCACCAACAUCUGAAUGGAAUGGCAAGCAGGGACAGAUUUCAUCAGCUCUUCUUUCUGAAUUUCUGAAACGAAGUUUUGAAAAAUCCAAAGUCUUCCUCUGCAUUUGUGGACCAACUCCAUUUAUAGAACAAGGAAUGACGUUGCUGCAUGAUCUUUACUUUUCCAAAGAUGAGAUACACAGCUUUACAGCAUAAGGAAGAACUGUUGUUUCCUUUUUCAGUUAAUUUAUGUAUAUUUGUGAUUGCUUAGAAAUUUUUAAGAGAAAAUUUUUGUACGUAUUACAAGGUUAACUACAAUCCAGUCUUCAGUUUUUUAAAUGAAAUUCUGUCAGUACAGAUAACUUGUUGGCUUUAUUUUGUACCAUAACUACUAAUAUUUGACUGGGAAAAACAGUCAUAAGAAGUAACAAAUACAUACAAGAUUCCUUGUUAUGAGUUGCAAAUUUCCUUAUUGAAAUUGUAUCACUGUUUUAAAAUAAGCAGCUGUGUUUUAUGACAUGAUAAAGUGAUCACUUUGAUCAUAUUUCUAUGCUAUAAAUUAUUAGCAAUACAGAUUAAAUUUUACAUUGUACUUUUAACUCAGGAAAUUAUCAUUUAUGUCCUUAUUAUUAAAACAUGGAAUGCUGUAACUUAUUGAAUUAUCCACAUAAUUUUGUGUAUAUAUUUGGCAUUGAAUCAGAGUAGAAUAAAAUUAUACUUAAGUACUUUUUAAUCCUUGUGGUAAAAAUGUGGUUGAAUGCAACAAUAUUGGGCCGAUGUCUUAAAAAGAGAAUUUUAAAAGGUACCAGUAAAAGAUACUGGAGACAUUUCAUACAUGCUAUUUUGUUGUGUUUUUAAUUUUGUGGUACCAGGGUUCAAACUUGGGCCCUUGUGCUUGCAAGGCAUGCUGUGGAACCACUGAGCCAAAUCCCCAGCUCAUACAUGCUGUUUUGGACUAGGUCUGUUAGAGAGCUUAAAAGAAACUUUACAGCUAUUUUGAUUCUUAGUCAAAAUCAAAGGCAUCAAGAAAGAGAACAAACAUGUAGAUUUAGUCCACAGCCUAACAUAAUCAUUUGGUACUUUGGAAUGAAUCAAAUUUUAAUUCUUUUGAGCCCACCCAAAUCACCUGGGAAAGGAGAAAUAUUCAGCCUUAAAUUUAGAUUCUUUCCCUGGCUGGCUGCUCUUCCCACAGCUGGCUGUUCAUCAGAGAGCCCAUCUAGACUCUGAUGUGUUGGCUUCCUAUCUUCCCUUUCUGCUGUGACAACCUUCAGAUCCUUUCACAGACUGGGAUUCAGCAAAAGGUGUAGGUAAAGUCAUGGUGAGCUCUCCGUGAAGAAACUGUUGAAUGCACAAGUGGCUACUGCAUAAACUAACUUGGAUUUUUCAUUUAAUGCAUUAGCAGUGUUUUCGAAAACUAGAGGAUGGUAGGAAUCUCCAGUUUCCAUGUAAUUGCUUUUGUAAAUUGCUAAAGCUUCACUAAAUAAUGAUGUACCAAGAGGAGCACAGUAUUAACAUUCCCCAAAUUACAAACACCCAUUUUAUGAAGUUCCCUGUGUGCAAAUGGCUAGAGGAAAACAGUCACUGUUUCCUGUGCUUCCUUCUUCUUUAGCCAUUUCUACCCUUAAUGUCAUUUGCCUGACAACAAUUUAGCUGUCCAAGUCUGGCAUCACUUUCUGGUGGCUAACAGGCUAGCUUCAAGCCCCUCUACCUUUUUUUUUUUCUUCUCUCCUUUUUUAGUUACCUCAGACCUUUUCUAGUUGC